AUGUAUGGUAUAACAACACGGGAGAGACUUUGCGAUGGUCACGCCAAUUUAGGGACAGAAAGCGUCAAUUUUACUGUUAGCGAAAGUGAAAAUGAAAGCCCAAAAAUAACCACUAUUAAUGAAAAUGCCGAAAUAAUCGCCGUUAAUGAAAGUGCCGAAAUCGCCGUUAAUGAAAGUAUCGAAAUAACCACCGUCAACGAAAAUGCUGAAAUAACCAUCACUAAUGAAAAUGUUGAAAGAACUACCGCCGAUGAAA